UUUUAUGAAGAUAUAAAUGACAAUGACAGGGGUAAUAGCUGUAAAGUCGGUGAACGUGUGUUAGCAUGAAACUUGGACUAUAAAAUGCAAUUACUUUUUACAAAGGUUGGGUUUAUGAAUUACGUAAUCUUUUUGGAAUUUAAAUUUUCUGCUGCUUAAAUAACUUAGGACGAGAAAUAUAAUUUAAAACUCAUCAAAACUAGGCACCUAGCGAUGGAGAAAACACGGAUAUGUUAUAUAUUUUUACAUUUGGCGUUGUGUAAUACUUUUGUUGAGGGAACUUGUCCUGAAAAUGUUACAGCACUAUCCAGCAUGCCUCUCCGUCAAGUAAACAGGUUUUGGGGCGGACAGGGAAGUCUUAGUAUCAGUGAUGACAAUCUGAACUAUGAGUGGUACAGAGUGGUACAUAAUGGAUGGCAAUUUAUCAUGGUUGAUUCGACCAAUAAACCUAAUUAUACAAGCUGUUCUACAUACUUUCCAGUUUACUUGAAAGAUACACAUCCACUUAUUGAUACAUUAACUGAAACACCUGUAGACGUCGUGGCCUGCAAACGUGAUUAUUUGUUUCCAUGUGAUAUACAGCAUCAAGUGAAGAUAAGGAAAUGUGGAGAUGAAAUACAGUACUACCUGCCCCCGACAAAGUCGUAUAGUGCAUUCUGUUUCAGUAAUCAUUCAAGACUAUCUAGUGCACCUAAUACAUCGAGUACGGUGGAUGUAAGACCCGUAUCUACAACAAAGCCUCAAAAUACAGUCACGGUUGUUACAAAUACAACUACCGAACAUGAAAGUACUACACAAAGUUCUACUGAUGUCAAUAACACGUUAUCUUAUGGCGAUACAUCUUCACUGAAAUAUCCAUGGACAACAACUUCACUAGAAAAUACUACACAAAGUUCUGUCAAGGACACGUUAUCUUAUGGCGACACAUCUUCACAGAAAUAUCCAAGUACAGAAACUGCACUAGAAAGUGCAACACAAAGUUCUGCCGGUGUCAAGUUUCCGCAAACUUAUGGCGACACAUCUUCACAGAAAUAUCCAAGUACAGAAACUGCACUAGAAAGUGCAACACAAAGUUCUGCUGGUGUCAAGUUUCCGCCAACUUAUGGAGAUACUUCUUCACCGAAAUAUUCUAGCGCCAAAUCUGAACUAGAAAGAACGACAAAUAGUUUUGUUGGUGUCAUGUCCACACCAACCAAUAGAGAUUUAUCGUCCCUGACAUAUCCAAUCACCACAACUACGUCAGAAAGAACUCCAAGAAGUUCUACAUGGGUCAAAGACAUGUCAACCAAUAGAGAUACUUCAAGCACAACAACACCACAGGAACAGUCUGAUGACCAUCAAAACCUGCUAACCAUUGCGAUGUCAGUGAUUGGUCUAAUGGCCGCAGUUAUCUGUGGUUUGCUGAUUUUUAUAUUUUGGCGAAGAAGAAUGCCAAGUGUAACUGAUGCAACAAACGAAACAAAUAUUUAUGAAACUUUGAAACCUCUGGACGCCAAGACAAAGAAAGAGAAUAAAGGCGAGACUGAUUACGGAAACGUUUGUUUCGACAAUAUGUGGCCUUCAGCAGAAGGUGAAGGGGAAAUAGGAUACAGUACAUUUCAAAACAAUAUCUUCUGUGCUAAUCAUGACUUUACCCAAACCGAACAAAAUCCUUAUGACGAAAAUGGACAUUAUGAUACACUACCAUAAGUGCAAAAGGUAACAGUGAAAUACUGUUAUUGCAAUAAAUGCAGCAAGUUAGCGUAGACACAUAAACAAUAGCUAAAGAUGAUUUAUUCCAAUACGUUUUGUGCUUUGAUUACUAAUAUAAAUUUGU